AUGAUAAAUGAAAAAAUUAAAAUUGAAACUUUUAGCACUAAUAAAGCUAUAAAUAAUCAAUCCAGUCUUGAACAGUCAAAAAUCAAUAAUGGUGCUUAUAGAUUCAUCAAAUCUAUUUUAAGUGUUCUUGUUCCUAUUUGGAAGCAGUCUUCUCCACCUACUCUUGUUUCAGGAGAUACAAUUAAGCUAAAACUUAAGAGUGAUGGCUAUAAUAUAAACCGCAAUCAAAAUCAUAUAAUUAUGGCUAUUUGUCUUUUGAAUAAGUGUAAAGAG